UGCGGAUGGCUGCCCCAUUCGACGACGACGCCAUGAUGACGAUAGCAACGCAUCGCUUCCGAACGUGAGACCGCAUCGACGCACGCAUACGAUGCUCAACCUCCCGCGGGCCGUCAACCGAGGCGGCGCCAGCAACGCCCGGGCCACCUCCUGCUUCGCGGGCGCCGGCGACGGCCUCGCAUCGAAGCUGCAGCGCCUGCACGAAGGCCGGCCCGACUCCUUUCUUUCCCUAGCAGAACUUGCGAGAGAGGACCCCGUGGGCCGGGGACGAGCGAUCGACGGCGUCGCGACGGCGUCCGCGUUAUUAGGACAGUGCGGCACGUUAUUAGGAGACGACGCCCGGGAACGCGCCCGCGCGGCGUUAUUCUUCCUUUCCACCCUGUGUUCGCCGCCGGAACCGGGCGCCGCGCAGCGGUUGAGCGAAAGGCAGCACGCCGCGUUACUAGGAUACGCGUCAGAAGCGCGCUCCGCCUGCGCGCAACAUCAUGUCGUGAGACGUUGUGUCGUGGCCUCGCUCGACGAGCUCGCCUGUGGGAGAACGGCGAAGAUCCGAUCGCGAGAAUCAAUCACCGUAGAAGCGCUGCAUCUAUUGGCGCAUCUGAGUCGACGGGGCAACGGCGCCCAGGACGCGCGGGACGCCGUCGCGGCGUACGACGUCGAACCUUUUCUGGUUGCGGUGAGGACGCAAGCUUGCGACGGGACCCUGCCGCGGGACUGGAAAUCAUCAUUACUGAGCGGCUGCGACGAAGUAGAACAGUGCUACCACGUCUGUCGACGAGAUGCGAAUGUUGUGACAGAUCAAUAUGCGCGACAAGCAAUGAAGCGCCCGUUCCUCGCGUUAGCUGUUGAGGCGCGCUCGAAACUGCACGCCUUCGCGACGACGAAGGGCCGGGUGGAGCUCGGCGCCGAAAAGGCGGCAGCCGAAGCGUCCAAAGCGCUCCGAGACCUGGUGAAGGAGGUCUGCGAGGAUACUAAAGAAGAGAUAGCAUCAGACGCUGACCAAAAGGCGAAGGCGUCCGAGCUGCGGUCCGCGGGCAAGCGGGGGGCGGCCUUCGACGUCGAACGAGAACGCUCGAUGCGGCGGGCGGCGCGCGCGCGGGCCGCCGCGUUUCAUGGCGGCGCCGCGGCCGCGACGGCUGCUUUACGAAGGUUCUCGCAACUAAACAAGGGUAAGAUGGCCCACGGCGCGUUGGACGAGGCGCGACGCGACGUGCGCGAGGCCGCCUGCGAGGUCUAUGCCGUUCUGCAAACCUUGGGCGACUUCGGCGACGGCGAGGACGCGGCGCAGGCCGGGCCCUUACUGCUGACCAUGCUCGAGGACGGCGCUUCCAGAUCGUUAUCUCGUAGGAUCAGAAUCCAGGGCGUGGCCCGCGUCUGGUUCGCGCUCGAGGCGCUGCUGAGUGGCGACGUGGCGUCGGAACCGCGCCUUAGAAUCAUAGAUGCAUUAAGGGGGCGGUCCUCGGCGGUCGCCGACCUGGCGGCCGCGUCGUUGGUCGGCGACGGCGGCCCGCGGGAUUUAGCUCUACAUGAUGAGGCGCGGUCUUCAUUAAGGGUCGUCGCGGCGCUUGUGCCGCCCGGCGCCGACCAACUGAAGCCCCCGACGGCUCUAAGGAUAGCGAUCGCGUGCGAGGCCGUGGCCCAGUCUCAAAGUGAACUUGUUGGGUUGGCCAUUCGGGUGUUACUGGUUGCGGCGCAGAGGGUUUCCGGGCAGACGCGCGACCUCCUCGAAAGACGAGCAGAUGCUUUAGAUGCGGACGCGGAGGAGCCUUAUUACAAGGCCUGCGGUUUGUUAAGAAUCGCGGACGACGACAAAAAGCUCGCAGAAGCUCUCGUCUUGCUAAGGGACGCGGCCCCAGAAGCGGGACCGAGCCUCGCCGAGGCCGGCGUCUCAAGUUUAUUGCUGGACGUCCUCCGCGACGACGAUGGCGCCGCGAAGAAGGCGACGACGGCCAUCAAAGCUCUCGAGGCCGUCGGCGCCGUAGCUAGCGCUUCGUACGCAUGCCGCAUCCUUAUAGCCGCUAAUGGUUCAGUGGACGCCGUCCGCAUCGCGUCGAAGUACGAGAACGUGCCCGGCGUCGCCAAAGCUGUGAUAGACGGUCUCACGUCAUUAUUUUCUGAUGGUGCCAUCGACGGCGAGGCGCUGGACACGGCGGACGACGUGGACGAAGAUGGCGAUCCGGAGACGCGACUUCGUGUGAGGGAGACGGCCGUCGUCGUGAGUGCGGGCCGGUGCGCGCGCUUCGUCGUGAAUUACGCGGCGAAGGCCCGGCAGAACGCGCUGCAUUUCUCAGGUGGCGUGUCAGAUACGAAAGCUAUUGGGGAUGAGGCCCAAGCUUCUGGGUUGAGGUGCCUGAACGCAUUGUUAGCGACACGGGAUAGAAGGAACAUGUUCGCGGACCGGGGGCCGCCGGAUACUGAAAAUAGGAAUGCCUUGAGGAGGUACCGGGCGCGGCGAGCUUGUCAUUCUGCCGCUCGACGAUUACUCGCGAAGGACCUCCGGGGCGCUGCUGGUACAAUAGGUGACUUUUUGGAACGGGCCCAGCUCAACUUCAAUCAAUCUGCAGAAGCGACGGACGCGGCGCUGGAGGCCUUCAAAAGAUGUCAUCCAAGAGAUGUUUGGAAAGGCGAAAUCUUCCGGGGCGUCGAAGUGGGCGCCUGGCUCGCGUCGAAGCGCGGUUCUCUUGGAGAGGACUGUCUGAUCCAGACCGUGGCGUGCUGCUGGGAUACUAGGCAUAUCCUCCCGCAAGGGUGCCUCGAGGUCUUCAUCAGGGUUGCGGCGUCCGGUCGCGAGGGCUUGGAAAGGGCAGCACCUGCCUUGGAAACGCUGUAUGGCAAGGAAGCGGAUAAGGGCCAGCACGCGGAAGCCCUGGAAGGGUUCAGCUGGACGACCGGAAAAAAAGAGUUGGGUGCGAUGGAACGGCAGCAAGCUUUACUCGCGGCGGCGCGGAAGGCUCUGAAUGCGCCCGCUCCUGUCAAAGCGGAGAAGUUCAGUCCCGUAUUGUCGGACGACCGGGCCUGGCUGCCGUUCCAGAAGCCGCCGCCGCCCUCGGAUUUUCGUGGAGAGGACUCCUUCUUUCGACCAGGGACGGGAGGCAGCGCGCGGUCUCGACCAGGGACAGGGGCCAGCGGGCGGUCGUCGCUGAUGAGCCGCGGGUCGACGGCCGAUGGGAUUCGGUUACUCAUGGCGCACGCUCCGAAGAUUGAGCUCCCACCGCCGCCAAAAUCCUCAAUGUCGCGACGGCUCCACCCGUUGCCGCGCCGAGCACCUAAAAAGGUCCAGGUGAACGUCCCUUUACCGAAUCAUGCGCGGGUCGCGGCGGCUCGAAGGCGCGAGCGCCAGAAGCUUACCAUGGAGAGAGACGAGCGGUCGCGGGCCGCGGCGAAGCAUAUAGUAGACAACGCGUCGUCGGAGCUCCCUGCGCUGAAACUGGAGGCGCGCGUGCCCCAAGACCAUUUCGCCAAUAAGCUGAGGCGGGCGAACGAGAACUUGGGAGCGUUGAACGAGUUGGAAUUAAGGCACCUGCGGUCGCGCUGCCGCGUACGCGUAGGGGCUCGCGUGUCGACGGCCGGUCGCCGGAUGGGCCGGGACUUGAUCGACGACGCGGCGGGGGCCAUGAGCAUGGACGGCUUCCGGGCGGCCGUCGAGGCGCGGAGGCGGAAGGGUUCGAUUCGACGGCGGGCGGCGGGUGGGGGGUACUUUUAAGUUCUGUGUUGUGUAUGACCUCAGGGCCAACGGGUCCUCCAGGCUAAUUACGCUCGAAUACGGGGGGACCGUCAGUGGCACGGGCGCGGAAUGGACCGCCAUGGGGAGUGUAUAUAUUUAUAUAUUAUUAUAUAUAGCAGCCUCCGGGCGGCUUUCGUUCCCCUUGCUCCGCGAUAUAUUUAUAGAAAGCACAUAGAAUAUAUAUAUGGGCCCAUAUAUAUAUCCCAUGUACCUUACCUGGUAUGUCCUCAUGUAUCAAAACGGGUUUGCAGGCGCGACGCGCGCGCGGCGCAAAAGGACCGCCCGGCGCCACCAACGGUUCAUCAGAUAGAGCCUUGUCACGUGCCCAGGCGAGUAAGUGCCACUGAGUGGCAAUUUAAGCAAUUAAAAAAGCAACUGAGCGGGCACCUUUGCUUAGCCGUCGACAAAUAGAUGGAAGUACCAUCACUACCGAUACACAGGGCCGCAACCUCCGGGGACGUCGACGCUUUGCGACGAGCGCUCGAGGAUGGCGUCUCGCCAAACGCGGCGGAUCCGCCGUACGGCUUCACACCUCUCCACUAUUUGUGCGGAGGCGUAGAAGGAGGAGACCGAGUCGCUUGCAUCGAGUUGCUCAUAGCUAGCGGAGCCAAUGUAAACGUGGGAAACAGUGCCAAUGUGACGCCUUUGCACUGGGCAAUCCUCAGCCACCCAGAGUUCGUACCACUGCUCUUAGACGCGGGCGCUGACCCGAAUUACACCACCAAUGGCCGUCAAUCAGCGUUACAUUAUGUAUUUAUGUCAGAUUAUGAUAAUUUGAGAGUAAAAGCCAUGGUCCAGGAGCUCAUCAGAGCGGGCGGAGAUGUGAACCUGACUAAUCAAUAUGGUAGGACGCCGCUUGAAGCUGCUAUCUUUACCAGAAAUGUGGGUAUGUAUCAUAAACUGUACCCGAUUUUUUUCCGCGCCGGCGCAGCUCUCCCCACGGGGACGGACAUUGCGUACGUACAGAAAAUCCGGGCCGCCGGCGGCUUCAAGCGAUACGAGCGCAACCACCUCAACGCCAUCACCGCUACGUUCGUCCCCAAGUUCCCGCGUCUCCCGCCGGAGAUGGUCCGCCGCGUCGUCGAGUACGCGUUCCACGUGGGGGACUACUAA